ACAUGGCAGAGGCGGGUAAUGGGUCUCCUACUGAUGUUCCCCAGAACUUCGGUGAUGGGUCUCCUACUGGAGUUGUAUGCAGCAGGGAUGCAAGCAAAGGCAAAGAGCAACCAACAUCGAGCAAAACAAGUUUGGUCAGUCAACCGGAAGCAAACACUGGUGACAAGCCCUACAUGUGUGGGGAGUGUGGGUACAUGACAGCUAAGAAGUGUCAUUUAGCCGAUCAUAUGAGAACUCAUACUGGUGAAAAGCCCUACAGGUGUGACCAGUGUGACUAUUCUGCUGUAGCAAAAUCUACCUUGAACAGGCAUCUAGCAAAGCACACUGGUAACAAACCCUACAUGUGUGGGGAGUGUGGACACAGAGCAACUCAGAAAUCUGAUUUAUCCAUACACAUGAGAACCCAUACCGGUGAAAAACCCUACAAGUGUGACCAGUGUGACUAUUCUGCUGCUCACAAAAAAAGUUUCGACCAACAUGUGGCCAGACACACUGGUGAAAAGCCCUACAUGUGUGGGGAGUGUGGGUACAGGACGACUUACAAACCUACCUUAUCCAGACAUAUGAGAACUCACACGGGUGAAAAACCCUACAAGUGUGGCCAGUGUGGCUAUUCUGCUGCACUAAAAUCCAAUUUGGACCAACAUCUAGCAAAGCACACUGGAGAAAAGCCCUAUAUGUGUGGGGAGUGUGGGUACAGAGCAACUCAAAAGUGUCACUUAUCCAAUCAUAUGAGAACCCAUACCGGUGAAAAACCCUACAAGUGUAACCAGUGUGACUAUUCUGCUGCACAGAAGUCUACCUUGAACCAGCAUUUAGCCAGACACACUGGUGAUAAGCCCUACAUGUGUGGGGAGUGCGGGUACAGGACGACUCACAAGUCUAACUUAGCGCAGCAUAUGAGAACGCACACAGGUGAAAAACCCUACAAGUGUGACGAGUGUGACUAUUCUGCUGCAGUAAAAUCUGCAUUGAACAAACAUUGUAAAACACACCGCUGAAGAACACGUGUGAGGCAUGUGAUUUCGGGACAUCUUAAGGACACUCCUUUAUCUGGACUGAUAGCGUACGAGUUUUUUUAUGUUAUCUAGCUGAGCUAAAAAGUCUGCAACAUAGGUCAUCUGCUAGUAGCAGAUAUAUUAUGCUGUAUAUGCAGCAUUCAACAUGCAUGUAAGAAGAACACUCAAUGUGCGUGUUUUAUUUCAAUAUUUGAGAAUAAGCCAUCGCACAGUUACGAGCGUGCACACGCUGUGGUGAUGUCACGUAUUUUCAAAGUUCCAAUUAACCCUUUCUUCCUUCUAUCAAGGCGUACGCCUUCAGCGUUUUGAAGCCUCUGUAACCUUUAGUUGUGUGGAGUUUCCUGAGAAAGGCGGUUAUGCCGACAGACACUUGAGUCAGAUUUGAGUCUUGAAGAUAUCCAGGUGGAAGAUAAGGCGCCCUCCGCGGUAAAGUCUAUCCAGUCUUUGAUAGUACGCGGGGAAAAUGGUCUCUGUCGAUACAGUAUACUACUUUUAGUGGCUUGGUAUGCAGCCAGUGCCUAUGGCGGGAACACCGGGAUGAUUGACUAAGUUAGGUGCCUUGUCAUGUGAAGUAAGCUUUUGUGGCAUAAAAUGUAGUUUUAGUGACUGCCUUGGCUGAUAUUUAAGAGUAUAACUGAAUAGAGAACAUAAGGGAGUUAAAUUAGAGUACAAAUUCUAGCGAAGUUAGCCUCUUUGACAUAAAGUGUUGUUUAGGUGACUCAUGGCUGAUAUUUAAGAACACAACUGAUUAAUGAACAUAAUAAAGUUUGAUAAAAG